CCAAAAAUGGCACCCUUUUCAGGAACUUCAGAGGCAGAUUGGCAUGAUGGAAGCCAAGUUAAGGCAAACAUUCCAAUUUCUCCCCCCACUAAGCUCAGCAUAGUAGGAUUAACUCCUGCCACUCAGCGUAAAUCAUUCUCAAGCUCAUCACAGGCUAAGCAAAUUAUUUCCUUGAAUCCUUUGCCUUUGAAGAAACAUGGCUGUGGUAGAAGCCCAAUACAUGCUUGUUUAGAGGAGGAGUUUUUGAAGGAUGUGAUGCAGUUUCUAAUGCUUCGAGGACAUACCCGACUUAUCCCUCAAAGUGGGAUUGCUGAGUUUCCGGAUGCCAUACUCAAUGGAAAGCAUCUUGACCUCUACAAUUUGUACAAAGAGGUGGUUACCAGAGGUGGCUUUCAUGUUGGUAAUGGCAGUAACUGGAAAGGACAAAUCUUUUCUAAGAUGCGCAAUUACACCAUGACCAAUAGAAUGACUGUAUGUACAGAACUCUUUGAUAUAAUACCACUUUAGUUAUCUUAUGACAAUAAGGAUGACCAAAAGAAGUGUGAUUAUGGCCUUGGAAGAGGUGAUGUUUAGAUUAUAAAAUAUGCAUUGUAUGUCUUUGUAUUG